GGACAGUUCGCUCCUGGGAUUGGCCAGAAAGGUAGUUCCGUUGAGGCGUGGUAGGAAGUGGUAGCCGUCAAUCACGAGGGGACUCCAAACAGUGAGGCUUGAGCUGGAGAACAGCGUUUACCGGCGGGCGGCCGGUUUUGUGAAUGAAGCUAUGGCUACGGAUUCCCCGAGAAGACCCAGUCGUUGUACUGGUGGAGUUGUGGUUCGCCCUCAGGCUGCCACGGAGCAGUCCUACAUGGAAAGUGUUGUGACUUUUCUACAGGAUGUUGUGCCACAGGCUUACAGUGGAACACCUCUAACAGAAGAAAAGGAGAAAAUAGUCUGGGUCAGAUUUGAAAAUGCAGAUUUAAAUGAUACAUCAAGAAAUCUGGAAUUUCAUGAAAUACACAGUACUGGGAAUGAGCCGCCUUUGCUGAUUAUGAUUGGCUACAGUGAUGGAAUACAGGUCUGGAGCAUCCCUAUCAGUGGGGAAGCACAGGAGCUCUUCUCUGUUCGCAAUGGCCCAAUUCGGGCGGCCAGGAUCUUGCCUGCUCCACAGUUUGGUACUCAAAAGUGUGACAGCUUUGCAGAGAAAAGGCCCCUUCUUGGUGUUUGUAAGAGCAAUGGAUCUUCUGGCACUAGCCCACCUUAUUGUUGUGUGGAUUUGUAUUCACUUCGUACUGGGGAAAUGGUCAAGUCCAUUCAGUUUAAAACUCCUAUCUAUGAUCUUCAUUGCAAUAAGCGGAUCCUUGUUGUAGUCUUGCAGGAGAAAAUUGCUGCCUUUGAUAGCUGUACUUUCACAAAAAAGUUUUUUGUAACAAGCUGCUAUCCUUGUCCAGGGCCUAACAUGAAUCCUAUUGCUCUUGGGAGCCGCUGGCUGGCUUAUGCAGAAAACAAGUUGAUUCGAUGUCAUCAGUCCCGUGGUGGAGCCUGUGGGGACAACAUUCAGUCUUAUACUGCCACGGUCAUUAGUGCUGCUAAAACUUUGAAAACCGGCCUGACGAUGGUUGGGAAAGUGGUGACUCAGCUGACAGGCACGCUGCCUUCAGGUGUGACGGAGGAUGAUGUUGCCAUGCACAGUAAUUCGAGGCGGAGUCCUUUGGUCCCAGGCAUCAUCACCGUAAUAGACACAGAAACAGUUGGAGAAGGCCAGGUGCUUCUGAGCGAGGAUUCUGACAGUGAUGGUAUUGUGGCCCACUUCCCGGCUCAUGAAAAACCAGUGUGCUGUAUGGCUUUUAACAUAAGUGGAAUGCUUCUAGUCACAACAGACACCCUUGGCCAUGACUUCCAUGUCUUCCAAAUUCUGACUCAUCCUUGGUCCUCAUCACAAAGUGCUGUCCAUCAUCUAUACACUCUUCACAGGGGAGAAACUGAAGCCAAAGUACAAGACAUCUGCUUCAGCCAUGAUUGUCGUUGGGUUGUGGUCAGUACUCUUCGGGGGACGUCCCAUGUUUUUCCAAUCAACCCUUAUGGUGGCCAGCCUUGUGUUCGAACACACAUGUCGCCACGAGUCGUGAAUCGUAUGAGCCGUUUCCAGAAAAGUGCUGGGCUGGAAGAGAUUGAACAAGAACUGACUUCUAAGCAAGGAGGUCGCUGUAGCCCUGUUCCAGGUCUCUCAAGCAGCCCUUCCGGAUCACCUCUGCAUGGGAAACUAAACAGCCAAGACUCCUACAAUAAUUUUGCCAACAACAACCCUGGCAACCCUCGGCUCUCUCCUCUCCCCAGCUUGAUGGUCUUGACGCCUCUUGCACAAAUCAAACAGCCAAUGACGUUGGGGACCAUCACCAAACGAACAGGGCCUUAUCUGUUUGGAGCGGGGUGUUUUUCCAUAAAAGCUCCAUGCAAAGUUAAACCACCUCCACAGAUUUCACCCAGCAAGUCGGUGGGCGGAGAAUUUUGCGUGGCUGCAGUGUUUGGGACGUCCAGGUCGUGGUUUGCAAAUAACGCUGGUCUGAAAAGAGAAAAAGAUCAGUCCAAACAAGUUGUAGUUGAAUCUCUCUACAUCAUCAGCUGCUACGGGACCUUAGUGGAGCACAUGAUGGAGCCACGGCCACUCAGCACUGCCCCCAAGAUUAGCGAUGACACCCCGCUGGAGAUGAUGACAUCACCUCGAGCCAGCUGGACUUUAGUUAGAACUCCUCAAUGGAAUGAAUUGCAGCCGCCAUUUAAUGCAAACCACCCUCUGCUCCUGGCUGCAGAUGCUGUACAGUAUUAUCAGUUCCUGCUUGCUGGCCUGGUUCCCCCUGGAAGUCCUGGGCCCAUUACUCGGCACGGGUCCUAUGACAGUUUAGGUUCUGACCACAGUGGACAGGAAGAUGAAGAAUGGCUUUCUCAGGUAGAGAUUGUGACACACACUGGACCCCACCGGCGUCUGUGGAUGGGCCCACAGUUCCAGUUCAAAACCAUCCACCCCUCAGGGCAGACCACAGUCAUAUCGUCCAGCUCGUCAGUGUUGCAGCCUCAUGGCUCAAGUGAUACUCCACAGCCCCUUUUGGAUUUUGAUACGGAUGAUCUUGAUCUCAACAGUCUCAGGAUUCAGCCAGUCCGCUCUGAUCCAGUCAGCAUGCCAGGGUCAUCCCGUCCAGUCUCAGAUCGAAGAGGAAUUUCCACCGUGAUUGAUGCUGCCUCAGGAUUACUUUCACUCCAGACAGUCAUAGCUUAUUUUUGGAAGACGCCAAAGCAAUGAUCUGUGUGUGCUUUCUCUAACUGAGCUAAAGAAACCCCAUAGGAAGUGCUUCCCCAGAUAUGGCCCAUGUGUUCGAGUCAGCUGCAUGCUGUGAAUAUGCUUAUUUGGAGCUUUGUUUGGCUUUGCUUAGAGACAUGAGCAGCGUGGCGGCACCUCUGAUGAUGCGUCCGGCUUUGUAUUACCUGCAAGCAAUUUGGACGGCGAAUGUACUGUCCUUUCCAUUGUUCCUGUGGCACGUUUCUUAGCUCUCCCUCUGUCUAAACUGGUGGUGAUACAGUUAUUUUUCAUACAAUCACUUUUCAGAGGCUUAGAAUUUAAAAUUUCAUUGUGAUGCGAUUAAGUCUUUUGUUAAUGUAACAGUUUUUGAAGUGAAAAUUUGUUAUUUGAACCUUGGCUCUGCGGGUUAUGUUUUAGAUAUCUAUGUAUGAUGUAUUACGCUGGUCACGCUAUUCUGUUGAAACUAAAAGGGAUCAUCAGAGUUGUGGCACUUUUGCUAAGAAAUAUUUCCCCCAACAAAUUUCUUGAUUAUCUAGUGUGUCUAUGCUUCACUACUUCCCAUGGAGCACAUUACUAAAACAUAAGGUUUUAUGUUAACUUAGGUGGCUGAGGCACAGUGUCAACUCUAGCUUUUAGAUACCUCUGAACCAGCUGCUCGUUGUCUCUACCUAAAUAUGUCCGAUUUAGGCUCAGCAGUUUAUAACUGAGGAGUGUUAUUCCACAACGUGCUUCAUCUGAUCUUGAUGAUUAAGAAGACACUGUCCUACCCGAGAUUUUGCACUUAGAUGAAUGUGAGGUGCUCCCUUCUUAACUACGGAGAAGGACUUGAUAGGAUCUUAUCCUUACACACACGCUACCCAGAACAAACAGAAUUUGAAGGAACUGCUCCAGUUUCCAGUGUCCAACUAGCUAAUAUCACUGUCUCUGAGUUGUAGACAGUAUUUCUAGACAAAGUACCUCCUGGAUUACUUACCAUUUUAUUUCUUUGUAUAUUCCUAUUGGUUAGGCACCAUUAUUGGAGAGUUUCUUCCAUUAUUGGUCCUUUAAAAUACGUGUCCUACAUGGGUGUAGGGCCCCUUACCCGAAAAUGGAGAUAGUUCUCAGUGUCCUAUGGAAACUUUGUUCCCACGUUGGUGACAGAUGCUCUUGUUCUGAGCCUUGUAGGCUGUCCCCGUUGGAUAACUUCAUAAUAACUCUAGAUGCUUUUGAGUCAUCCACACAGAGAACCUAGAAAGAACUAGUUUAUCUGAAGUCUGCUUGUCCUGAUUUGUAGUUUUGCUAUGGAAGUUUGUGUUUACCAAGAAAGAAAUCAAAGCAAAUGAGAUUAAAAAAAAAAAAAAAAAAAGACUCAUUCCUGGCUCAUAUGAAAAGCAGACAUCUUUGUCAAAUUCUACUGAAGUAAGCAUUCCCUGGAGAAAAGUGUGGCUAGAAGUGGUGGGAGCAGCAUGUAAGUGUAGUCCUGAGGAAGGUGACAACAGGAAAGGAACAAUGUGACGGAUAGCAAUGACUUCUUUCCCUUUAGCGCAGACUUGGUCACAUAAGGUGUCUCAUGCCACAUCCAGCGUUUCAAUACAUAGGGACAGAGGUGCUGACUUGGUAUUUCUUCCUGCUCUUGACUCAAGAGAAAUGCUAUCUUCAUUUUGCAACUGAAGGAAUCUUAGUAACUUCUUCAAAGUUAAUUCAGGAGACAGUUUUCCAGCACGCAGUUUUGCCCAGUAUCAAAAUAAUUUGUUUGUUGAAGAAAAUGAUAGACUUAAAAUCCAAAUUGGUUUCAUUUGAUUGAUUUCAUAAUAGUUCUUUCCCCCUGCUUUGUGUUUUUGGCAUUCAGUGCCUCAGACCUUGAAUAAAACAAAUAAUACUUAUUAGAGAAGUCUAUAGGGCAGGCAACACGGAGGAUAUUCAGGACUGAAAUCCCUGCUGGAAGGAUGUUCUCACAAGAGGUAUGCUUCCAUCAUACAGACUUUACUGACUUUACUGAUGGGCAGGGGAAUAUUUCUAAUAAUUUAUAUUGCAUUGUAUCCACAGUCGCCAUUCCAACCUGAGGCAGACAAACUUAGCUACUUUAUCUCAGAGACACAAGAUGCUGGUGGUAAGGAGCAAAGAGAUUUUUAAGAAACACCAUUCCUCCAGUCAGCCUGGGUGAGGCCACUGAGCGCAGUGACUCUCAAACUGGAGCUGAGUGACAAAAGCCAUGACAUUAUACUCAUGGCCUUGAGCUGUGUCUGAAACCGUCAACAAGUUAUGUUUCAGUACCAGCCAUGCUUCUGUAUCUGCAAAAAGAAUUUAAGGUUUCCUGUGAAAAAAUUUGUUUCAAACCCCUUUACUUUUGGCAGGAUGUGUUCAAAUUAUUGCCUAAAAUAAUUUCCAGAUAGAAAAGACAUUACGUUUUGUAGAAAUUCUGGAAUAUUUCUUUGGGUAAAUGAUUUGGUAUUCAUUUAAUCGA